AGUCCAUCAGAUUAUCGAAAAUGGAUUUUUAUUAUCUGCCUUGCUCACCGCCCUGUCGUUCAGUUCUCAUGACAGCAGCUGGAGUUGGUGUUAAGCUUAAUAAGAAAAUAUUAAACACUAUGAAACAGGAGCAAAUGACGCCCGAGUUUAUAAAAAUAAAUCCACAGCACACAAUCCCAACGCUGGAUGAUAAUGGCUUCUCUGUAUGGGAGUCGCGUGCUAUUCUCAUAUAUUUAGUGGAGCAGUAUGGCAAGAACGAUGCGCUGUAUCCUCAGGAUCCCAAGCUGCGUGCAGUGGUUAAUCAACGCCUCUAUUUUGACAUGGGCACGCUAUAUCAGUCCUUUGCCGAUUAUUAUUACCCACAAUACAUAUCGCUUGCUCCAGCGAAUCCUGAGCAUUUUAAGAAAAUAGAAACUGCUUUUGGCUUUUUGGACACCUUUCUGGAGGGUCAACAAUAUGUAGCUGGCAAUCAAUUGACGAUUGCCGAUUUGGCUAUUUUAGCGUCAGUGUCAACUUUUGAGGCAAUGGACUUUAAGCUUGAUAACUAUCCCAAUGUGGCCAAGUGGUAUGCACACGCCAAGAAAGUGGCUCCUGGCUGGGCUGAAAAUGAGGAAGGACUAGUGGAUUUCAAAUCAGCUAUGAAACAAAUGCGAAAGAAGUAAAUUUAUGUUAAUUUACAAGAAAUUUCAUGAAGCUUAUAUUAAACUCUUCGGCCAUUAGUCAAGUUAAUGCCAAACUAAAUUAGUAAAAUUAUUGCGUCGUAUAUUAUUUGAAGCAUAACAAAAUAGCAAAAACAAAGAAAAUAAACAAAAUAAUGAGCACACACACUUUGUUAAUUGCCGGCAACGGUGAGCAACGGAGAGAGAGAGAGAGAGAGAGUGAGUACAGCUCAUUAGAAGAGCUACAGCGAAACAUGCUCAACUAGAAUAUACCCUUGAUUCAGUUUAUAUCAGAUAACAAGAACUAUAGAUAUCAACAAUAAUACUUGUAAGCAUAAAAAUAGUUUUAUUUUUGUAUGUUUUUAUGUUAUAAUCAGCAUGAAUUGUAAAUUGUUAUCAAGCACUUGAUAGCGCUUGUUAAGCAAUUGAGAGAGCUGAGAGUGAGCGGAAGAGUGGCAAAGAUAAAGAGAAGAAAGCUUUUGAAUGUGUUAGCUUUGCUUAUAUACUGAGUAUGUCUGUAUACUGAAAUCAAAACAGUUAGCUCCGUACAAACAUUAUUCGUAUAUUACUUUUAUUUAAUGCACGAUAAUUUUAGCGCUCUUUGCUCACUUUUGUUUGCUGCUCAUUUUUGCUAUUAUAAUAAAUGAAG